AUGGCUGCGGCGAGGAGCCUUCGAUCACUUGCAACUCGGCCAGUUCUCCGCCUCGGUUUCGAAGCCCGGGUUCCCUUAUCAGCUUUCCAACGUCGAAAUGCCUCCUCCAAACACCCCAAAGGCUUUGUGCCCCCCACUUCGGAAGAACUAUCAGAACUGCGCGAACGAGUCCAGGAAUUCACCCGCCGCGAAAUAACAGAGGAAGUGGCAGCAGGGACAGACAAGUCCAAUUCCUUCCCCAACGAGAUGUGGCAGAAACUAGGAGAUGCUGGGUUCUUAGGUAUAACGGCCGAUGAAGAUGUUGGUGGGCUGGGCAUGGGAUAUCAAGCACAUUGCGUGGUUAUGGAGGAGAUAAGUAGAGCAUCGGGCUCAAUUGGCCUUAGUUACGCUGCGCAUUCCCAGCUAUGCGUCAACCAGCUUCAACUGAACGGCAGUCCGGAGCAGAAACGGAGAUUUCUACCGGGACUGAUUGCGGGGACGAAGAUUGGUGCCUUGGCUAUGUCUGAGAGUGGAGCGGGGAGUGAUGUUGUUAGUAUGAGGACCACGGCGAAGGCAGUUGAUGGUGGCUACAUCCUCAACGGAACUAAGAUGUGGAUAACCAACGGACCAGAUGCCGACUUCAUUGUGGUUUAUGCGAAGACAGAACCAGAUAAGGGUUCCAAAGGGAUUACUGCAUUUAUUGUUCAAAAGGAAUUUGAGGGAUUCAGCUGUGCCAGAAAACUCGACAAGAUGGGUAUGCGGGGGAGUAACACCGGAGAAUUGGUCUUCGAUGGAGUGUUUGUUCCCAAGGAGAAUGUUCUCGGUGAAAUUAAUCGAGGAGUCAAGGUUUUGAUGGAGGGAUUAGAUAUUGAGCGCUUGGUUCUAAGUGCUGGUCCACUGGGAAUCAUGCAGGCGGCUUUAGAUGUUGCUCUUCCCUUCACGCACCAGAGAAAGCAGUUCGGGAUCCCAAUUGCACACAACCAGCUUAUUCAAGGAAAGCUUGCGGAUAUGUACACAAAACUGCAGGCCUCAAGAUCAUACACGUAUGAUACGGCGAGAAAGGUGGAUGAGAUUGGCCAAAUCCGUACGCAAGACUGCGCUGGCGCCAUACUCUACGCCGCAGAAAGAGCGACAGAAUGUGCGUUGGAUUGCAUACAAUUACUUGGCGGUAUGGGGUAUGUUGAGGAGAUGCCGGCCUCGAGGUUAUUGAGAGACGCUAAGCUCUAUGAGAUAGGGGCUGGCACAAGUGAAGUGAGGCGCAUGGUUUUGGGCAGGGCUUUCAAUAAGGAGUAUAGUAGUUAUUCGUCAUGA